GACACCGUCUGUAAAGACUGUGUAAUUUUAACUAGUUUAGGGUAGAAAUGUGAGGUAUGUGGAAAUCUUGAUGAACAGAUGCGGUAGGUGACAGAAAAUCGCCAUUCCGAGAUGGCUACGAGGAAACAAAGGGGUGAUUACGACGGUAAAAUCGCCGGGCUAUACGAUUUGGAGGACACGAUCGGCCGUGGCCAUUUUGCCGUUGUGAAGCUAGCCCGGCAUGUAUUUACCGGGGAGCGGGUUGCCGUAAAAGUCAUCGACAAAACUAAGCUAGACGAAGUUUCGAGGGCACACCUCUUCCAGGAAGUAAGAUGCAUGAAACUAGUACAGCAUCCGAAUGUAGUGCGGCUUUACGAAGUGAUCGACACCCAGACAAAGUUGUAUUUGAUCUUAGAACUUGGUGACGGAGGGGACAUGUACGAUUACAUCAUGAAACAUGACGCCGGGCUGGACGAAACUAUGGCCAGGCGCUACUUCAAACAAAUCGUCGAGGCAAUAUCAUACUGCCAUAGACUACACGUUGUGCACAGAGACUUAAAACCUGAAAAUGUCGUGUUCUUUGAAAAGCUAGGCAUUGUGAAGUUGACAGACUUUGGCUUCAGCAAUAUGUUCAAUCCAGGCAAGACAUUGGAAACAUCUUGUGGAUCUCUUGCUUAUUCUGCUCCGGAAAUCCUUCUUGGGGAUUCUUACGACCCUCCAGCAGUUGAUGUCUGGAGCCUGGGGGUGAUACUCUUCAUGCUGGUUUGUGGAGCUCCUCCUUUCCAAGAGGCCAAUGACAGUGAAACCCUGACUAUGAUUAUGGACUGUAAAUAUAAUAUACCUAGUCAUGUGUCUAGGGAAUGUAGGAAUUUAAUAUCAAAAAUGUUGAUCCGUGAACCAAGUUUACGCUGGUCCCUGGAGGAGAUCCUGAACCACCCGUGGAUUAACCUAGGCGACACAGCCACCCCGGUUAUCAUGCCCCUCGUGUCACGUGAGCACCUGUCAGAGGAUGACCACAGCUAUGUCAUUCAGCGCAUGGUCGAUGGAAACAUCGCCUCAAAAGAGGAGAUCUUACAGUCCCUGGAGAGAAACAUGUAUGAUCAUAUCACAGCCACGUACUACCUCCUAGCCGAGCGACGCUUGAAGAAACAGCAGCAGGAGAUGCAGAACGCAGCUGCUAUGUUACAGCUACGCAAGAACUCUGCUCCAAAACCACACCUGGAACCUCUGGCAUUGUCACCACGCAAGCAAAAAGAAAUCAAGAAGACAAAAACAGCUCCAGAUAUUGCCUCGAGCAAACCAGGUUCUCAGGCCAUACCAACGACCUCACCCAAACCUGCAUUUGUGAAAUCACUGACAGGCAGUCAGACUUUAGAUAGAAAGAAUAGUAGUAAGAAGGGGGACAUGCCUCUGUACAAGUCAGCAGAAAGGGCAGAAAGUGUCUAUGCUACAUCUCCGAGAAAACCCAGCCCUAAGUCAACACCUCAAGGAUUCCCCCCAACCAGCCCUGCUAAGCCUCGCCCACAACCCUUGGCCAAGAAGAUUACAGGAACCUUCUCCAAAAUUGCCAUCCUUAGUAACUUCUUCGAGCGGAAAGCUGCGGCCAGUGCAGGGAAAGAACCACCUCCCAAUCGCAAAACUGGCUUCUUUAACUUUCCCGGUCUAAAGAAGAAAACGGAUAAUGUUCAGAGCAAGGAACCCCGACAGGACAUGUACAAACAAGGUUAUGUAGAGUCCCUGGUGUCACCCCCUGGCACCCACCCCUCCCCCAGUGCUUCCGAGACCACAAGCCCAAAGAAACACUACCCCUUGAGGAAGUGCAGCCUGAUCCAGGAGGAAUCCAUAGAUGAGGAUGAGGAGAUGGAAAUGGAUUUUGAGGAGAGCAAGUCUGUGCGCUCCCUGGAGAGCAUCGAGGACAAACCCAAACGCCAGACGGACACGCUUUUCAGCUCAGACGAUUACCCGCCUCGUAGGCCCCUACACACGGUCGCCAGCUCGCCUCAGCUUCUCAACCAAAUCAACGAAGAGAGAGAGUCCGACGAAGAUGAUGAUAUCGUGCCCAUUAAGCUGAGCGCCUCUGCUCUGCGCAGUCGCCAGAACCUAGGCUCACCAGAAAUGAUUCGCAAAUACGAACACAAGAAACGCCGCGGUGCUGGCUCGCGCGGUACGAGCUGUAGCAGCUCAGAUGCCAGUGAUACAGACGACCAAGAGGGACGGUCUAGAAAAGAAAAGCUGAAGCACAAGAUGGUUCAUCGCAGAGACAGUAGCGAGCAUUCUAGUGAUACGGACGCCCCAGGGGGACAAGGUGGCAACCUGGGUGGCGGCUCGCGAAUGGGCAGUGCAGGUGGGGGCAGUGGGGGCGGGGGUAGUGCUGGACACUCUAGUCAGGGAAAGGAUUCUGGGAAAGGCUCAAGCAAAGAUCGAGAUUCCAGCGGUGGCUCCAGUCAAGGUCAGAAACGAAACUGUUCGUCCAUGCCCAGUAUGUCAUCGUUUUCCAACAUCUCAACCAAUCCCCAAACUUUAGAGGGGCUGAGCAAAACGAAAACCAAUCAACAGCCAUCUUGUAACAAUAGUGUAGCGUCUACUCUGUCUAACCUUAGUCUGGCCAGCAUGUACAGUAAUGGUGUCAAAUAUAUGGUAGAUCGACCAGACAACGACGGGGAAGAAUCAGGCCCACGACUGCCCUAUGUGCGCACACAUCUUAUUGAGGUGAAAUCCAAAGAAGUAUACUACGAGCAGGGUGACCGCUCAAAGAAUCACGGUUCGAACAAAGAGGACAUUAUUUCUGUGUGCUCUGCUGACUGCUCCCUGAACCAGCGCAAGAACCGCAAACCCUCGCCCAAGGUCAAAACGGACAUUAACAGUAAUGGUCUUAAAGCUGACCUCUUCAAGUCUUCUCCUUCAAAUCAGUUGACCACGGUCAAGGUGGAAACAAAGUGUUGCUCACUCGUUUAAGCGAUUUCGUCAUUUUGUAGUGUCAGGAAAGUGCUGUCUUUUGGGGGGUUUGCCAUGAAUGCAUUAUGAUACUCAAGGUUUACCUUCAAGUCCCUUUCUCCCAUCCCCCACCUUUUCAUAAUGUGUAUUUACUCACUUCACGCAUGUGGCUGUGCAUGAACAAACUUCUGAAGUCACAGAUAUAAUUUCAUGAACAUCAAACUUAUUUAUUUCUUCCACGUGCGGAUUGAAAGAACUUCAUGCAGCAUGACACGUUAUGCGUGUGAUCUUUGUGUAGAUCUUAAAUUGCCAAAAUAUUCAUUAACAAGCAGCUAUUCUACUUGUAUACCGGUGUGUAACAGUGUGAGUUAUUCACAGUUGUUGAAAAACUUUUAGCACCAUGUUUUCAUUUAUAGAUCCAAGGUUGCAGUGGUUUUACUCUCUCUGCUGUACAUCUUUAAUUAUAUUACUGUGGUUAUGUUCUUUCCUCUUUGUUUCUUGUACCUUUCCUCACUAAUGCUGUCAUGGUUUCAACAGUGAAUUGUUUGAUACUGAAAUGUUUUUGAAAUGAGUAGUUAACACACCUGAUGGCAAUUUCUCUUGCCUUGCCUACUUAUCUUUAUUCAUACGAAAGAUAAACAUUUUGUUCCGGGCUGGUGAUAUUCAUUUAUGGAACAGAGAUUGGAUUGUUGGACAUUGUCAUACCAAGUGCUAUAUUUUUAACGACUUGUUAUAAUGUAAAUUGUAAGAAGGUUGAUUUUUUCCCCUUGAACUGAUAUCACCUGGGUGUAUUGAUUUGCUUACUCCAAGCUCUACUCAAUAUCAGAGUUAAAUUUAAUGGCAAAUUACAGUACCACUAUGCUCACAGGUGUCAACCGUCGUACAAGGGUAUCUUCAUAUUGGGUAGAGAAGAGUUAGUUUUAUGGGCCUGGGAUUCUAGAUGUAUUACCAUCUAAAAGGUAACAUGAUUUUGUAAAAGCUUUUCUUAUCUCGAUUGUGUUCCACAAAGUGCUGAGGUUGGCACAUGUAAAGAAGACAAUGU